GCGGCCGGAGCAGCCGCCGAGCCCCGCUGCCGGUGCUGGUUCCGCUGCCGGUUCCGCUGUCGGUGCCGGUACCGGUGCCGCUGCCGGUGCCAUGCGGCCCCGGGCGCUGCUGCUGCUGCUGCUGCUGCUGCUGCUGCUGGGCGCGCUCCGGAGCGGCGGCUCCCCGGCCCGCAAUGUGCUGCUGCUCCUGGCCGAUGACGGCGGCUUUGAGAUCGGCGCCUACAACAACUCGGCCAUCCGGACACCCAACCUGGACGCGCUGGCCCGGCGCGGUUUGGUUUUCCAGAACGCCUUCACCUCCGUGAGCAGCUGCUCCCCGAGCCGGGCCAGCAUCCUGACCGGCUUACCCCAGCACCAGAACGGGAUGUACGGGCUGCACCAGGACGUGCAUCACUUCAACUCCUUCGACGGCGUGCGGAGCCUGCCCCUGCUGCUCAGCCAGGCAGGUGUACGGACAGGGAUCAUUGGCAAGAAGCACGUGGGGCCGGGGGCCGUGUACCCCUUCGACUUUGCCUACACAGAGGAGAACAGCUCGGUGCUGCAGGUUGGGAGGAACAUCACCCGCAUCAAGGCGCUCGUCCGGCGGUUCCUGCAGAGCCAGGACGAGCGGCCUUUCUUCCUCUAUGUUGCCUUCCACGACCCCCACCGCUGCGGGCACUCCCAGCCCCAGUAUGGGCCCUUUUGUGAGAGGUUUGGCAAUGGGGAGAGCGGCAUGGGCUGGAUCCCUGACUGGAAGCCGCAGAUUUACCGCCCGGAGCGGGUGCAGGUCCCUGCCUUUGUCCCGGACACGCCGGCUGCCCGGGCAGACCUGGCUGCCCAGUACACCACCAUCGGGCGCAUGGACCAAGGGAUCGGGCUGGUGCUGCAGGAGCUGCGCCGUGCUGGAUUCCUCAACAGCACCCUGGUGAUCUACACCUCUGACAACGGCAUCCCCUUCCCCGGGGGCAGGACCAACCUGUACCGCUCGGGCACGGCCGAGCCGCUGCUGCUCUCGUCCCCCGAGCACCCCCGGCGCUGGGGGCAGCUCAGCCCGGCCUUCGCCAGCCUCCUGGACCUGACGCCGACCAUUCUGGACUGGUUCUCCAUCCCCUACCCUGCUUACAGCAUCUUUGGCAGCAGGCAGGUGCAGCUCACUGGGAAGUCUCUCCUGCCAGCCCUGGAGUCGGAGCAGCCCUGGGCCACGGCCUUUAGCAGCCAGAGCCACCACGAGGUGACCAUGUACUACCCCAUGCGAGCCGUGCAGCACGGGCCCUUCCGCCUCAUCCACAACCUCAACUACAAGAUGCCCUUCCCCAUCGACCAGGACUUGUACGUCUCUCCCACCUUCCAAGACCUGCUGAACCGCAGCAGGGCGGGGCGGCCGACGCACUGGCACCGCAGCCUGCGGCGCUACUACUACCGGGAGCGCUGGGAGCUCUUCGACUGCAGCCGGGACCCCGGCGAGGGGCAGAACCUGGCGCCCGACCCCCGCUACGGCCACACCCUCCAGCAGCUGCGUGCCAUGCUCCUCAAGUGGCAGUGGGACACCGGGGACCCCUGGGUGUGCGCCCCCGACGCCGUGCUGGAGCAGAGACUGAGCCCCCAGUGCCAGCCGCUGCACAACGAGCUGUGAGUGCCCCCUGGCACGCCUGGGGCACCUGGGGCACCUGGGGCACCUGGGGCAGGGCUGUGCUCCUGGGGGCACCAGGGUCGGGUCACAGCCCCACAUCCUGGUGGCACCACCAGCUCUGCCCUCUGUGCUGCCAGCGCCGCCGGGCCCCAGAGCAGUGAUGCAUUCCUGGUGCCUUGGCUCUCAGGCAGAGGAGCCAAAAGGCCAAGCUGCCCCUCAAUAAAGCCUCUGGAGGAUAA